AUGGCGUCGUCCUUCAACAACCGGCACUGGCCGAGCAUGUUCAGGUCCAAGCACGCCGCCGAGCCGUGGCAGGCGCAGCCUGACAUCAGCGGCUCGCCGCCCUCGUUCCUCUCUGGCGGCGGCAACACCACCAGCGCCGCCGGCAGCGGCCUCAAGCAUCCCUCAUCGGGUUACGCAGGGGGAGAGGAGCGGACCCCGGAUCCGAAGCCCCGGUGGAACCCGAGGCCGGAGCAGAUCCGGAUCCUGGAGGCCAUCUUCAACUCCGGCAUGGUCAACCCGCCGCGAGACGAGAUCCCGCGCAUCCGCAUGCGCCUGCAGGAGUACGGCCAGGUCGGCGACGCCAACGUCUUCUACUGGUUCCAGAACCGCAAGUCCCGCUCCAAGAACAAGCUGCGCACCGCGGGCACCGCGCGCCCGUGCGCCACCCGCGCGCCGGCGCGCGGGACCGCCGUUGCGGCGCCCGUCACCGCGCCGCCCGCGGUCCAGGCCUCGCAGCAGCUCCUGACCCAGCAGGUCCAGCUGCUCGCGUCGCCCGUGCAGGCGCCAACUUCCUCGUCCUCGUCCUCCUCCGACCGCUCCUCGGGGUCCAGCAGGCCGGCUGCGAAGCGGGCGGCGCAGGAGAUGUCCCCGAUGGCAGAAAUGCAUUGCCACUUGGCCCCGAUGGCGGCCAUGGACCUGCUCGGGCCGCUCGCCGCGACGUGCCCCCAGAUGUACUACCAGGGCCAGCCCGUGGCGCCGGCCUCGGCGCCCGCGCACAAGGUGCAGGACCUCGUGUCCUCCGACGAGCCGAUCUUCCAGCCGUGGCUGCAGGGCGGCUACUGCUUGUCGGCCGCCGAGGUCGCUGCCAUUCUCGGGGGGCAGAACAUGCACGUUCCCGUGCAAGAGCAGCCGGCGGCAUCGUUGCCCGCGGGAGCGUUCUUGGGGCUGUGCAACAAGGUGACGGGGUCGGCCAUCACCAGCCAAAGAACCUGCGCCUGGGGCUCGGGCCUCGGGCAGUACUGUCCCGGAGGCGGCGGCGCUGAUCCUCAUCAGGUCGGGCUGGGCAAGAACACCACGGCGGCGCCGAACACCGUGGGCAGGGAGGUGGCGCACGAGGACGCCACGAAGCUGGGGUUGCUGCAGUACUGCUUCGGCGAUAGCACGGCCGUGGACCCGGCCUCCGUCACUGCCACUUCACCCCUUGCGGCAACGCCGGACGCCGCUGUCACCGUGGCGAGCGUCGCUGCCGCUACUACGGCUGGGCUGACAGGCUUGCCUGCGAAUAUUGGUGCUCCUAAUGGUGUCGUCGCCAGCUAUGAUCUCCUGCAACUGCAAGGACUCGCCGCGGACGGGGCCCUCGGCGUCGGGGCCGUCACCACCAGCGGGGCCGCCGCACCUGCCGCGGCGGCGCCGGCGGGGGCGCACGCGCAGCAGCAGGAGGGCGGCGUCGCGGCGCUGUGCGUCACGGACACCGCCACGGGCAAGAGCGUGGCGCACGCCGUCGCGGCCGCGAGGCUGGACGUGCGGGCGCAGUUCGGCGACGCGGCCGUGCUGUUCCGCUGCGCCGGCGAGCGCGGCCUCGACAUCGAGCAGGUCCCCGUCGACGCGUCGGGCCGCACCGUCCAGCCGCUCCAGCACGGCGCCUUCUACUACGUGCUGGUGUAA